UGUAAAAAGAAAUGGCACCAUUGGGAUUACCUCCUGGUUUUAGGUUCCAUCCCACUGAUGAAGAGCUGGUGAAUUACUAUCUCAAAAGGAAAAUAAAUAGGCAAGAAAUCGAACUCGACAUCAUCCCCGAAGUUGAUCUCUACAAAUGUGAACCAUGGGAGUUAGCAGAAAAAUCAUUUUUUCCAAGUAGAGAUCCGGAGUGGUACUUCUUUGGACCCCGUGAUCGAAAAUACCCGAAUGGGUUCAGGACGAACAGGGCGACAAGGGCGGGAUAUUGGAAAUCUACAGGGAAGGAUAGGAGGGUUAGUUGCCAGAAUCGAGCCAUUGGAAUGAAGAAGACACUGGUUUACUACCGAGGCCGUGCCCCUCAAGGAAUCAGGACCGAUUGGGUAAUGCAUGAAUACCGGCUCGACGAUAAUGAAUGCGAGGGCACCUGUGGGAUUCAGGAAGUAAAGAGAAGUGGUUAUUGGCAGGAUUCUUAUGCGCUAUGUCGGGUGUUCAAGAAAAAUGGCAUCACGGGGUCGGAAACAGAAGAGCAAGGGCAGAGUAGUUUAACGGUAAUGGAUCAGUACUGCUCGCAAGGUGUAAUUAUGAAUGAUUCGGAAACCAUGUAUGGAGAAGUCCCCAUAGGCGCCUCCUCGUCUUCAUGCAUGGAAGAGGAAGAAGAUAAAGAUGAUUCAUGGAUGCAGUUUAUCACUGAUGAUCCAUGGUGCUCUUCUAACUGUACUGCUGCCAUGGCUGGGGAUGAACUUUCUAAUACUGGCUUUUACAAUCUAAAUUAAUUUUGAGAUGGUGAAUAUACAACACAAAAUUAAUUGGGUAAUUAUGUUUCUUGAAAUAAGACGCAAAUAUUACACUGUAAAAUCUCUGAUAUUUUUCUCUCAUUCAUUAGGAGAUUAGUUUCUCUGAUUGGGUGUAAUCACUUGGGGCCUCAUUAUUAUUAGUAUUAUUAAGACAAUAACUACAUUAUGCUCAGCUUCGGCUUUUAUUAUUA